AUGAGGAGCUUCACUCACGAUAGAAGAUGGCGAGAGGGAUACGAAUACUGUCGUUCCUGUUUGUGUCUGUUAACGAGUGAGGAAGAUAUCGAACACCACCGCACUGAUUGCGUUGUCAAGGUCAAACUUACCACGAAACCCCCGAACGAGAAGUUGAAAUUCAGGAACUUUCAUAAAUCACAUCCCUUACCCAUCUGUUGCUUUUUAGAUACAGAGGCGCUCGUUAUACCUACGGGUGAUGAGAACGGUAUCACCAGUCGUCAUAAAAUGAUAAGUUUUAGCUAUAUCAUUAUCAACCGGGAUGGUGAAGUGGUGAAGACCAGGACUUUAACGAGUCGACAUUCGGCUACUGAACUGGUGAACGCAUUGGACGAGGACUGGUCCUCACUCGCGCUCGAAAAAUGUCAUUUCCCGAUUAACAUCUCACCCAGUGACGAAGAGAGAUUCAUGCGCGCCACCAGAUGCGAGUUGUGCGAUAAGAGGUUUGUAAGAGGUCAUGAUAAACACCGUCACCAUGACCAUAUGAAAAGAGAAGAUAACUUUGUAGGUGCGUACUGUCAACGGUGUAAUCAAAUGUGCGCAGACAAGUAUAAAACACUCCGCGUGUUCGUACAUAACAUGUCAUAUGAUUUGGGACUCAUUCUGAAAGAAAUGGAGGAUGAUCACCCUAUUCGAGUACAACCCAAAAACGGGAUGAAAUUCCUGUCAGUUCGCAUCAAUAACCUUUUGUUCCUGGACACGCUACAGUUCCUUUCGGGUAGUUUAGAGGUACUCGCUCGGGACCAUAUAGCCAGCGGGAGAGAGUUGACCUACACCCACUACCUAUUACGCCAUUUACCCCUCCAGUCGAGGUUGCGAAUCAUUACCGGAAAACACUCGUUCCCGUACGAGUACGUUGACGAUGAGGCGAAGUUAUCAGAGGACAGAUUACCCCCGCGCGAAGCCUUUUUCUCUACCCUAAAAGGGGAGGGUAUCUCCGAGGGGGAAUAUCAGCGAAGCAAGGAAAUGUGGCGAUUAGGAGAGUGUAAGUCACUGGGCGAUUACAUGAACCUCUAUUUGAGAAUAGACGUUGGUUUGCUAGCCGACGUGUUUCUCAAUUGGCGGAAAAUCUUGCUGCAACAGUACGGGUUGGAUUGCGCCCAAUAUACUACGCUCCCCGGAUACGCCUACGACGCCAUGUUGAAAAAGACGGGUGUAGUUUUAGAUUACCCGUACGACAUUGGCACAUACCUUCAAAUACAGGAAAAUAUACGGGGAGGUUUUACCACCGUUGUGAGGCAGCACAUAACAGCCAAAAACUCGGAAAUAGGUAACCUAGGGGAGGGAGAGUCUUCUUCCUAUAUAUUAUACCAAGACUUUAACAGUCUGUACCCUUUUUCCAUGACGGGAAAGCUCCCAACGGGAGAUAUUCGAGAACUGAACGAAGAAGAAAAAGAUCAAUUUGUACGGAACAAUUUUCCCGCGAAUGAUGACGAUGAUGUGGGUUACUGGUUAGUUAUCGACACCAAACCACUUUCGGCUGAAGCGGCUGAAAAAACGGAUGACUUACCUCUUUGCCUGCAUCAAAGGAAUGUGCAAUUAGAAGAUAUAUCGUCAUACUGUAGAAACAUCUUGGAAGAAGAGGAAGGAAAAAUAGGACAUCGCACCCGCAAGCUUAUCGGAGAUCACGAAGCUAAAAAGAAUUAUAUGAUAGCCCUACCCCUUCUGCGACUGUACAUGGAUCUCGGGUUAGAAAUUGAGAGAGUGCGUAAAAUUUACGCAUUUAAACAAGCUAGCUUUAUGAGGAAUUUUAUUGAGGAUAACAUACAAGCCAGGAAGAUGGCGAAGUGUAAAGACGAGCAAUCGGCUUUUAAGUUGAUGUCCAACAGUGUAUUUGGACGUUGCUUAAUGAACCCCACCAAAUAUGCCACGAAAAGCACCAUCGUGACUGACGAAGCAAAAUUCUUGAAAGAAAUACGCAGCCCACGGUUUAAGGAUUUUAUUGUUCUGAGUCCCAAGCGCGUACUUUGCGUGAGUGAGAAGCCUGAAAUAGAAGUGAAUAUGCCCAAUUUCGUAGGAUUUCAAAUACUGGAAAUGGCUAAAUACCACCUAUACCACUACUGGUACAAAGUCAUUAAACCUAGUUACGGUGAGCGGGCUCGUUUAAUCUAUUGCGACACAGACUCUUUUAUUUUUUCUUUGAGAGUGGAUAAUUUAAUCGAUGAAUAUAAGAAAUAUCCGUUUAAAGACUAUCUUGAUUUCAGCAAUUUCCACCCAGAACACCCCCUCUACAGCGCUCGUAACAAAGGUCGUCUAGGACUGCUCAAGUCAGAAGUAGGUGAAAUGAUAAUAGAAGAGAUCAUAGCCCUUAAGCCUAAAACCUACUCGGUCUUAGUAAGUGAUAAAAGUAUGAUACGCAGAAGCAAAGGAGUGCAAAAGUGUUACCGCGACUCUCUAACCCACGCAGAUUAUGAGGCAGCGCUUUACGCGGGGAAUCCACUCACCGCUCCCACACGUAGCAUACGGAAUGUGAAAGGGAGCGUAGUUACAACAGCGCAAAUGAAGAAAGUGUUUAGCGCUUUCGAUGAUAAGCGUUACCAUUUAAACCCAGGACAGUCGGUAGCUUAUGGCCACCCCAUCAUCCCGGUCAUAAUGGAGGAGGAGGAGGGUAUGGGAGUUAGUAAUGAUGAUGAUAAUGAUAUGAUGAUGAUGAUGAUGAUAAUCUGUUUCCUAGCCUAA